GAGUGCUGCACGCACUGCUUUGGGUGUGUGGCAUCAGCUCUCUGUGUGCCCGGUGGACAGGAAAUGAGAUUGUGUGAGUUGUCUAGGAGAGCUUUGGCUGUGGGUGUGUCAUUCUCAAGUUUUGGAGAGCUGUGUUUCACAUCUGGCCUGCAGACUGGCUGUUUGAACUGUUGAAACCAGUGAGCAGCAGAUGCAGGAAGAUGUUGGCGAUGGACCAAGGGGUAGUGGAAGAAUGGCUGUCUGAGUUUAAGACUCUUCCGGAAACAGCCACCUCCAGCUACGCUGCCUCUCUGAAGGAAAAGGCCUCUCUGGUGCCAGCACUGUAUAAAGUCAUCCGGGAGAAUUUCAGCGACCUCCUGGAGCCCGUGUGCCACCAGCUGUUUGAGUUCUACCGCAGCGGGGAGCCGCGCCUGCAGCAUUUCACUCUGCAGUUCCUGCCAGAGCUGGUGUGGAGCUACCUGUCCGUGACCUCCGGCCGGGACCCACGCUGCAGUGGCUGCAUCGAAGCACUGCUCCUGGGCAUCUACAACCUGGAGAUCGUUGACAAAGAUGGCCAGAGCAAAGUGUUGUCUUUCACGGUUCCCUCCUUAUCAAAACCUUCGGUGUACCAUGAACCCUCAACGAUUGGUUCAUUGGCGCUGACAGAAGGGGCUCUGUCCAACCAUGGGCAGAGUCGGGUGGUGUAUAGUGGACCACACCUGCAAAGAGAGACUUUUACGGCACAAAACCGUUUCCAGGUUCUGACGUUUCUCCUGCUGUGCUACAACGCUGCCCUGAGCUACAUGUCCAGUCCUUCGCUGCAGUCCCUGUGCCAGCUCAGCUCCAGGGUCUGUAUCUGUGGGUAUCCCAGGCAGCAGUUGAGGCGCUAUAAAGGAAUCAGCACCCGCAUGACCGUGUCGUCUGAGUUCCUGGUGCAGUUAAUCACUGGUAUCCACUAUGCCCUGUGUAACGGAGAAUCGGACCUGGGCUCCAAGGCUCUGGAGGACGUGUUGUACAGAGCCCAGCUGGAGCUGUUCCCCGAGCCGCUGCUGGUGGGAAAUGCAAUCAAGUCCUCUCUGCACGGAGCCGCUGUGAAGUCCAACAAGGAAGGAACACGCUCGAUUCAGGUGGAGAUCACGCCCACCGCGUCCAGGAUAUCCCGCAACGCCGUCACCAGCCUGUCCAUCCGGGGCCAUCGCUGGAAGAGACACGACGCAGUGGAUCUGGCUUCCCCGGACGAGCUGAUGGAGAUCACAGAGGUGGAUGAGGGGUUCUGCUCACAGGCGGCGGGGGGAAGCCCCCCGUCAAUCCUAAUCAGCAGCACCCCCACUGUGGGGGCAAAGUCUGCGGCAAAGAGCCAGCGCAGAGCAGGGGGGGGCAAGGGGAGCAGAGCAGAGGCCCAGUCUGAGAGCGGCCGGGACCAGCUGUCCCACAAGCCUGCAGGAGGAAGAGCAAUGAGUGAAAACCUGGAGCUGCUGUCGCUGAAGCGCCUUACUCUGACCGCCAGCCAGUCGGUGCCCAAAGCCGGCUCCACUCUCACCUCCAGCCAGUCUGCGCCCAAAGCCAGCUCUCUCAGCCUGUCUCGCACUGCCAGUGCUGUCUUCUCUCGCUCAUUUGAACAAGUCAGCAACGCGCUCUCGGGUGGAAGCUCUGCCCACAGCCACACCCACACUUCCAGCAGCCUGUCAGCCCCUGAGACAAACCGCUACUCUGCCUGCAGCCUGCAGGAGGAGCGGCUGACGCUGGCGGUGGAGCACAAACAGCGGUCCCCCAGCAUCAGCAUCCACCUCUCCACUGACCUGUGACCCCUCACUGCCCCCUGCUGGCCACAACAGCACACCCCAUGUAUCAGCAGGGUCUGUGGACAAACCCCCACCUCUCCCUAACAGUACUGGCAGCUUCAGCCACUGCCCCCCAGACACCUGUGGAAACAUUUGCUCUUAGCAGCUCUGGAAGAAUCCCAGAAUGCCCUGACCCCCCCCCAGCAGCGCUGUGUGUCUCCACCUGAAGCAGUGUGGCUCUCAGCUGUUCUGCCACAUGCUGCAGCUCUGCCUCAGAGGAAAGAUCCACAUCCACCCCAGGCACACCGAAGGUGAGAAGGAGAGACUCGAACAGCCCUGGGAAUGCUGCCCCCCACUGGCACAUAGCCAUACCCACAGCAACUAGGAGGAAAUCUGUGUUUUGGUUUCUUUGGGACAUAAUGACUUUUUAAAAAACUAUUUUGAAUGAAGUAUUUUACGUUCCUGUGUAGUUUCAGUAUUCCCAGAUGUUGUCCCAUCCUGGAGACAUUAUAAAUUAUGUCUGUAUUGACCUGCAAGGCACUGUGUGUGGAGGUGAUGUUUAGCCAUUGUGAGUAUUUAUAAAGCUGUAUUCUCUGGCCUGACUGUAUGAGACUGCUGGACCAAGGGAAGCGCUCUGGUGAGAUACUCUGUGUGAUGGAAUGUUGUCUAAAGGAGUGACCCUCAUGUGAAAAAGACAAGAUUACACACUGUCAGCCAGUAUCUGCACAGCACUGCAGGUCAAAACCAGUUUAAAGUCACUGUUUUUCAGAAAUGUACAUUAUCUGUUAAUUGUACACCUUUGCUACCGUAGUGAUUUGUUCUUUUUCCCUUUAAGCUCUAAAAUCUCUGAAAAUCCCUCUUAGGAACCAAAAACGUGAAGCUGUUUACAUGAGUAACUGGUGAUGUGACACUGUAGAAGCAAUACCACUGGCACUCUCCUGUCCGAGUUACGUUGUUGGCAUGUUUGAAACUCUGACUAGGUUUAGUAUGAUAUUGUAUGCUGUAUAGGUGUUUCUUCCUGAGAGAGGGCCCGCAGUAUUCAUUUGCCAUGGGGUUUUUCCCAGCACAGAGAUUCCAACCAGUAUGCCUGAGGCUACAUCUGAGUGGCAGCCAAAGUCCUUUUAUUCACCCAUUUUAAGUUAUUUUGAUGCAAUCCUGCGCUUUUUCCCAGUUGAAGGUUUUACAGUGGUCUGGUGUUUGUUUUCCUUAGGUUUUCAUCUUUUUCUAGUAAAAAUGAAAUUAAACCAAGCACUGUGGUACCUUAAUGUCAGUUUUUGAAAAAUAUCCUCCUGUUUUGUCAGUUUUGGUAAAUAUAGAGAGCGUAUGCAGUAGCUAAAUUU